AUGCCGGCGCCGUUCCGCGGAGCGCGGUGUCCUGAGGCCGCGCGGCAGAGCGCUGACCUGGAAGUAAAGCGGCGUGUGAAAUGCCGGCAGCGGGCGCAGAGCCCGGCGGGCAGCCCGGGGAGGGCGCCGGGACCCCCCCACACACGGUGGGGGCUCAGCUGCCGCGUGCCCACGGGUGUCCCAUGGGAAGGAGGAGCCGAGGGCAGCCCUGACCGCAGGCUCUCCGGAGCAGGCAGCGGGCCAGCCGGCUCUGGCACCCGGCCCGGAAGUCUGUCCUGCCCCUUCACUGUGACUCUGCAAAACAGUGGGGCGGCGGCCGUGACGAUGACGAUGGCAGGGCAAGGAGGAAGCAGAGGGGGCUGGCUGGGCGUUGCACUGCUCCGGGCAGAGCGGAGGGCUCGGCUGAGCAGGACAGAGGGAGGCAAAGCCCGGCCGGCAGCCACAGCCAUGGCUGAGGACGAGGACAGGAGCAUCCACACACAGCACAUCUCGGACGUGCACAACGUGCCCAUGCGUGUCCUCAUCCGGCCCAUCCCAUCAGAGCUGGAUUCGGGAAAGGUGCAGAGCCUGAUGGAGACCCUGCAGGAGGAUCCUGAGCGGGUGCCCCCCAUCGACGUGCUCUGGGUCAAAGGCAGUGAGGGCGGCGAUUACUUCUACUCCUUCGGGGGCUGCCACCGCUUUGCUGCCCACCAGGCACUCCGCCGGGAAACCAUCCCCGCCAAGAUCAUCCCCUCCACCCUCAGCGACCUCCGGACCUACCUCGGCUCCUCCACGCCACACCUGCGCUAGCCCAGCACCCCGAGGAUGCCCAGCAGCCCGCUCUGCCCCGUUGGUUCCGACCCGUGAACCCCUGAUGAGGAUGUGGGCGGGGUCCCCAGCCCUGGAGAGUCCCCAGGGUCCCUCCAGCCGGGAUGGGUCAUGGUCCCCCAAACUUGGAGGGUCCCGGGGUCCCUCCAGCCGGGAUGGGUCAUGGUCCCCCAAACUUGGAGGGUCCCGGGGUCCCUCCAGCCGGGAUGGGUCAUGGUCCCCCAAACUUGGAGGGUCCGGGGUCCCUCCAGCCGGGAUGGGUCAGGCUCUCGCCGGUACCGGGAGGCGCCCGGCGGGGCCGGCAGGUGGCGCUGUUGUGCCGCGCUGUGCCGCCCGCGCGGACCGGGACGGGACGGGAUCAACCGGGACGAACCGGGACGGAAUGAACCGGGGCACGGCGCAAUCGGGAAUAGCCGAACCGUGAUGGAACAAGCUAAACCGGGGCAUGGCUCAAUCGGGAAUAGCUGAACCGGGAUGGAAAGGGGCUUAACCGGGGCAUGGCUCAAGCGGGAAUGGCUGAACCGGAGCACACUGGAACUGGGACAAGUCAUAGCUCAUUCGGGGCACAGCUGAACCGGGAAGGGGUACAGGCGAACUGGGACACAAAAGAAUCAGGACACGGGGAAGAGGCACAGCCGACCUGGCAUGGCCAGUCCCCAACCCUCCCUCAGUGACUCUGGGCUCACGUGUUGUCCCAGUCUCCAUGGGGAGACAUCUGCAAAAUCCUGUGGUGGGGACACCCACUGCUGCACCUGGAAUAAAGAUGAUCAAAACCCCUGCAUCUCCUUGGCGUAGAGGAUGCUGAGGUUGGGAGCAGGGAUGCUGUGGUCCAGCAUGGCACAGCACGGCACAGCACGGCACAGUAUGGUGGCUUGGCACCAGCAAGAGCAGUGGCUGUGGGCACACAGAACAAGGACAGAUAGUUUGCAAGGGUAUGGAUGUUCUGUGAAGGAAUGAAUACUGUGUUGGGAGAUGGAUACUGUGCUGGGGGAUGGAUGCUGUGACAGGACAAUGCUUUGCCAGCCUGCCCUGCCAUGGAGCUGAAUUCAGUGUCAGCUCAGGUCCAGCUGUGGGAUGCAUGCAGUCCUUCCAUGAUGGGAUGCUGUCAUUUCUGCAAGCACCACAUCGUGAACCCACGUGCAGCCUGGAGAAAACGCCUCUAGCAUCCCCUGGGCAUCCCAGCAUCCCUCUAAGUCGAGAGUCUCCAUCCAGGGAGGGGAAAGGGCACUGACUCACUCACCACGCCGUGAGUCAGCAGGACUGGGACAGGAACUGCUGCCGGACAUUUCUGCCCUGUCAGCCAUGCUCCUCCCUGAACGGAUCCUGUUCCCCUAGGGCAGAAACGGGGUGGGAGAGGAGGGCACGGCCGGAGGUGGCAAUGCUGGCCUCAGACAGGGCACAAUUUACCGCUGCCUCCACGUUUCCGCAGAAUCCACUGGGGAGGAAAAGCAGGGUGGGCUGGGGGUGCUGGAUGAGGGGAGGGGACCGGAGGGAGACUCCGAGAGCUGCAUGUGCGGCAUCAAAGCAGCUGUGUGCCGGGAGGAAGCCCUGCAAGCACUCACGGAGAGCAGCCCUGGCCCGCGGCUCCCUGAUGGGCCAUAAAUUUCUCCUAAGAAUUGUGGC